GCAUGCAGAGGUGGGGGUGAGCCACAGGCACCCAGAUCAGUGCCCCGAGGUGGGUGACGCCAGCCCGCGUGUCUCAUUGCAUGGAAGGGGGCGGCCAGGACAAUGCAGGAGCCCCCCUGCUCGCUGCUUUUUAUAACCACCCCAGCUGUCCACAGGAGGCCAAAUAAGGCUGUGGGGCCCGGACCCCCCCAGGGCACACAAUGGGUCCCAAGCCCUGGCUUUUUGGGGAGGUGGAGAGGCAGCUCUGGCCAAGAAAGGCAAAGUGCCUGCGGCGGCGGGCAGAGCAGAGCUGAUAAAGAGCCCGGGGCAUCAGGGCCGGGGCAGUCCUGCCACCAUCCUGCCCGUCCUGUCCUGCCUGUCCCACUGCCCCACCAAGAAUGGAGGCCAUCAAGAAGAAGAUGCAGAUGCUGAAGCUGGAUAAGGAGAAUGCACUGGACCGGGCAGAGCAGGCAGAGGCAGAGCAGAAGCAGGCAGAGGAGAGGAGUAAGCAGCUGGAGGAUGAGCUGGCCUCCAUGCAGAAGAAGCUGAAGGGGACAGAGGAUGAGCUGGACAAGUACUCAGAGGCUCUGAAGGACGCUCAGGAGAAGCUGGAGCUGGCGGAGAAGAAGGCAGCGGACGUACGUAUGGGCAGGGGGGAAGGGCAUUGCCAGGGGACAACACAUUGGAGAAGAGAAGGCUCCUGA